CUUUUUUUGUGGUUCAAACACCACGCCAUUGCACCUCCGCGACAUUGGGCAGCUCGUUGAUCAAUCAGGAACCAACCCCCGUGGCACACUUGGCCCCGUCAUAGACCAGCCCUAGGCUAGCAGUGCCGUCCCCAGACAUCAAAAUAACAUAUACAUAUGGGUGAUGGCUUUGCCCUGCGUUGAAUGCGUGAAAUUCGUCAGACACAAUGCUUUGCCUUCGACAACACUUCUCGGCAGCUCUGCUGGCCGCUUUCGGUCUUGCCCACAUCGCCGCUUCUGCACCAACGAGCAGAAAUGCAUUCGCACCUGUUCCAAUAGCCCUCGGCGGCAAGGAAGCUGAUAUCAGUGAAGAGUUCAUUCGUCUCAUGCUUCCGGAAUACGAUGUCGUCCACGUCGUCAACUCAGCACCCAGCGGCAUCUACGAAUUUCCUCCAUUGGUGACAGGAGAGUACUCAAUACCGGUGUCCGGUCUUGGUUCCAACUUCAACUCUCCAUCUCCACAAAAGCCAAAAGCAAUUUUUAUCGGAGGCGGAUUCUCGCAAUGGGAAAUCAACAAGAUGUACAACACCUAUUCCGAAGUUCAAGCCGUUCCUUGGCUGUACCCGCCGACGACAGCCCGUGCGAAUGGUACUGUCGUUCCUGCUACGGAAGCGAUUGUUGCAAGAGUCAAGCAGGUCUUUGCUCAGUAUGGAUUGGUGCCAGGAAACAACACCGAUCCUGCGCCGGGGAUUUGGUCCUUUUAAUGCGAGAUAGUGUCCAUUUCCGCGCCUUAAUGAUUAAUACAUUUAGACCGACGACUGCGAUGACAGUUGACAUGACCAAUCCAUGAUCUUCAUCUUGCGCCUCGCAUUCCACGCCUGGCCUCCGCGUUAGUUUACAUUCAAUCACCACCCCGGAUCUAACUUCCGCCCAUUCGACAUCCCGAUCGCCAUGACACGAGUCUGCUCACAACACUCAGCUGAUAACAUCUUCGCGGAACGCCGCAAGUCCAGUCAUCGCAGCUUCGAGAUCCCUCAGCCAAACCACAUCUCAUCCACACCUCCUAACCCUCCUAAUCCGAAGAAUAACCCUCCGAAUCCCCACCCCCAUCCAAAAUCCUAUUGCAACACUCAUCCGCAACCUCAUUCUCCUCCCUCGAAAUCCACUCAUAACUCACACACCCCAACUCCUUCACCCUAUCAUCCAGCCUCGAAGCAUGUUGAAUCAAAUCCUUAUUCACAACCUCAUUCCCCUUCGCAUUCACCCACCCAUUCCUCGACCACUUGUAAAUCCAAUCAUUCAUACAAUUCACAGCAUAUCUCGAGUCAGAACGUAUCGUGACAUCGAGGAAAGGGGAUCCAUCAAGUUCAUUGAAUUUCCGGAGCGUUUGUUCCAAUGCGAUGAUGAUGGCUGUGAUUUCUGCUCUUUGGUUUGUAGGGCGUGGGUAGGCGGGGAGUUUUCGGGUCCAGGCGGUGUAUUUGCCGUAUCUCUUUAUCUGCACCGCUGCUGCUGCUCCCCUGGAGUUUGCGUUUCCGUUGCCGCGGCAGCCGCCGUCGACAUUCCAAAUCAUUGUGUAGACCAUUGUUGUUCUUUGUUAGGGUCGUAGAGGAGACGAUGAUGAGAUAUGGUGGGGAUGUGAAAGUUCGUCCUGUUGGGGGCGGGCUAUUUGUACCUCCUUCGCGGACGUACGUUUGUACCCGGCAUUUUCU